GAUAGCGACUCGAGCCACCGCGGGGGAGGUUACUAUGGGGAUGACUACGAAGACCGUCGAACGGAAUCACGAUUAUAUAACUGGCGAUAUGACAGUAUACAAGAGGAGGAUCAUGUCAAAGAAGACUAUCACGAUGAUAAAGCGCUGCGCAAUUGGCGAGAUGAACCAUCGAAAGAAGAAGAUUGGCAUCCGGAAGAGCAACAAAUCAUCGAGGAAGAAGACCAUUCUGCUGCUGAAGGUUAUCAGGCGGAUCGAGAGGAUUCUUCGAGGCAAAAUAGUGUGGAGCGCAACGAAGCCGUCGCGCCACCUACUACAGACAUCGCACAGUAUGGUUUCGAUUUCAAGUUUUGGUUAUUUACUAAGAAUAGCCAAACAAUCCAAGAAGAAGAUGAGAAACGCACUCCUCAUGAACUCUGGCAUUGGGCAUAUAAACAAGUGUGCAAAAGUCUUGGCUACAAGGUGAGUGAGGUCAUUAUUCAAAACUUGGGAGAUCACAGGUCGCUGCAAAGUUAUAAAGAACUUGCUGUGAUUUUCUGGCUUUUUAAAAUUUAA